UGUUGGUCGGCGCGGGGCCACUCACUGAUGUUGUCUACCUAGUAUACAAGGUCGACGAUACUGUCCUCACUCCAGUUGGGAUGAAAGAAUCAUAGCACAAGAUACGCCAAGCCGAUACAACUGACGUAGGUCGUAGAGCUGUGGUUUGUGGGUGCUCCUUUGAUUCCGACUUGUCACCAUCGGGCGACGACGAGGAUCGAGGAAUUCCAACUGCGGCCAGCGACCAAACAACUUAAAGUUGUCAGUAGUGAUGAGUUGGAACCCACAGUUCACACUUCUACGGAUCCUGGCGGACGGCAGCUCCACGAUUGACAAGCCACCACGAUCAUUUAUGCCCAUUCAUUCGCUCACCAAACAACUGUCAUACUACAACGUUGUACUGUUGGUAACAAACGAACUUGUUACGACAUCAUCGCUUCCAGCUCCCAAAAUUGUUGGCCUCGACCUCAGUUGUCUGGCGUCCUUCCAAGAUACCCGACGCAACCACGAACCUUUGCACGCUAUUCCUGACAUCGAUCGGACCUGAACCUUGACCUAUAGCCUGACCUGACCUGAACCGACCUCUCCUGAUCCCUGUUGCCCCUCGUUCGAUCUCAUUACCUAUCAUCUACUACCUUACCUACUAUAUUUCGUGUGCAACUUGUGCCCCGCCUUUACCGAGUCCAGUGCUGGAGGAAGCAAAGCUGGCUCCUCACAACCCAGCUCGUCAAGAAGCCCAGCAUAAUUCUAUAUGGCAUAGAGCCUCUACAGUGGUUCCUGGAACUGAAGAGUAUAGAGCACAAGCAAAACUGUCGUCCAGACCGCGAGUCCCUCUCCUCUACCUUGCGUCGGGCCUGUUCCUCGUCGUCGUUCUACUUGUCCAGUUCUUCGGGUCUCGAAAAGCCACCCUUGCGCCCUCGUCUGUAGGCUCCCAGCGCACGCGACAUCCUCUCAGCCCGUUUGGGGACAGCGUCUAUAGGCAGGAAGCCUACUUUGAACAGCUAGAACCUGGUACACAGUGCAAGCCGAAGUCGUUGUUCUCCCUCCCUGUCACCGACGUCUUGACCAACAUGGCCCUCGAAGCGGAGACCAAGCGGAUGAUCGCUCAGUUUGAAUACCCCGCGGAAGAUGUGAACAGGGGAGUGAAAGAGUUCAUACGGGAAAUGGAGGAAGGGCUCCAGAAGCAGGGAACGACACUGAGCCAGAUCCCGACCUACGUGACUUCGGUUCCCAAUGGCACAGAAAAGGGGGUGUAUUUGGCCGUCGACCUAGGUGGUACCAACUUUCGAGUCUGCUCCGUCACUCUACACGGCAAUCAUUCCUUCUCCCUGCAGCAAUCCAAAGUUGCGGUCCCCAGGGCUCUGAUGGAAGCGGAAACUGCCCAUGAACUAUUUUCAUUUCUAGCCAAGCAGAUUGAAACAUUCCUCAAGACACAUCACAAUGAACAUUUCGAGAAACACAAGAACGUGCCGGCCGCCGAGGACUUUUUCGACCUAGGCUUCACCUUUAGCUUUCCCGUCAACCAGAUCGGCAUCAACAAGGGCAGAUUGAUGCGAUGGACCAAGGGUUACGACAUCGAAGAAGCUGUGGGGAAGGACGUCUGUGAGCUGCUGCAGAAGGAAAUCGACGCCUUGAAGCUGCCGGUGCGAGUGGCAGCUCUGGUCAACGACACAGUGGGUACAUUGAUGGCUAGGUCAUACACUUCUCCCGGCAAGACCAAGACCUUGAUCGGCGCCAUUUUCGGCACUGGCACCAACGGUGCGUAUGUUGAAAAGCUGGAAAAUGUCAAGAAAAUGAAGGACAUCGAGGAGUCGGAAGGUGCCGUGGCCAACUACGACCGUUCUACAGGUCUUAUGAUCAUCAACACAGAAUGGGGCAGUUUCGACAAUGGAUUGAGCGUCCUUCCCAAUACCCAAUAUGACAUUGACCUAGACCGCGAAUCGGUCAACCCCGGAUUACAGAUGUUCGAAAAGCGCGUGUCGGGCAUGUUCCUCGGCGAGAUCCUGCGGCGAGCGAUGCUUAGUCUGCAUCAGCAUCCCGACGAGGGAAUCGCAUUGUUCAAGGACACCUCGUCCCUGACCAAUGAUAUUAGAAGUACAACUACAGUGGCUGAGGACAGUCCGUUGUUCAAGCAGUGGGGUAUUGACACAUCUUUUCUGUCCAUCGUCGAGGAGGACCAGAGCGAUCACCUGCGUAUCACCAAGCAGACACUGGAAAAGGAACUGAAGAUUGAAGCUGCGUCCACCGAGGACUGCGUGGCCGUCAAGAUGUUGGUGCACGCUAUUGGGAGAAGAGCAGCUCGACUCAGUGCAGUUGCACUGGCAGGCGUGAUUCUGUCCACGAACAAACUUCAAGAGGAGGAGAUUGUGGAUAUUGGCGUGGACGGCAGUUUGGUCGAAUACUACCCCGGGUUUGAGGACUAUAUCCGGGAGGCGUUCCGAGAGAUUGAAGGCAUUGGGGAAGAGGAGAAAAGGAUACGGAUCGGGCUGGCCAAGGAUGGUAGCGGGCUUGGAGCGGCUCUGAUUGCCUUGGUCGCUCACAAUGCCGAACAGUCUCAGUGAGCGGCUACUACUGGUACUAUGAUUAGCUGCCGUCAAGGACGUCGGGAGGGGACGGCAUCAGCAUUUUAUGUCGCUUAUGAGUAACGCACCUAAAAUUCAAGUGGUUUAUAUGAGAGUGUUUGGUCGGACUAGCCAUUGUUACCUACCUUCCUCCAACGAAGAAUGGACAAUACACUUGACUGAAGUUGCCUGGCACAAGGAAGAAGUUCUGUGUUUGAUUGACUGCGAUCAGACAGACCCGGGCUCCUCCUCUGCCAGUGCCGUUGCCCAACACAAGCUAUGGGACGGCGUGAAGGAUGGUACUAGGUAUCCAGACUCGGUCAGCAUAUGCCGUAGCUGCGAAUAAGGUAAAUCAUUUUGGAUUCUAUAUGAGGCUGCUCUUCUAUAUUUUACCUUGGGUCACCACGCGCCAGAUGGAUCUCAGGUUCAGCUGAACGCUUUCAUUAUAACAACAAGCCACACAAGCCUUGACCACGGCCCCGUCGAAUUCUUUUUCACUGUUUGUCAUGUUCGUGCAUGAGCAUGCCUUAUGCCUUCCAGUAUAUCAGAUCAAUCAGUAAAUCAAUCACUCGGACGGCCCUCUAAUCCACCCCUUCGGCCCGGCCCAAGUGCCCUUAACCA